UUAGAACGCGACGAACUCCCUCGUCUCGCCUCCACUUGUGCUGCGGAUUCGAGUGAAGCGGGGGGCAGGGCACGAUGCGCAAGUGGGCGCUCGCCUCCGCGCUUCUCCUCCUCUUCCUCCUCACCACUCUCCCCGAUCCAGCUAAGAAGCUCCAAGUCAAUGCUGAUGACAGCGCUGAUGAGUUAGUCGACCCGCCCAAGGUAGAGGAGAGGAUUGGUGCCGUUCCCCAUGGCCUGUCUACCGACUCUGAGGUUGCUCAAAGGGAGGCUGAGUCGAUCUCGAGGAAGACCCUCAGGAGCUCGGCGGAGAAGUUUGAGUUCCAGGCUGAGGUGUCCAGACUCAUGGAUAUCAUCAUCAACUCACUCUACAGCAACAAGGACAUUUUCCUGAGGGAGCUCAUAUCCAAUGCUUCGGAUGCAUUGGACAAGAUUAGGUUCCUAGCUCUCACUGAUAAGGAGGUUUUGGGUGAAGGUGACACUGCUAAACUUGAAAUCCAGAUUAAGUUGGAUAAGGAGAAGAAGAUCCUCUCUAUUCGUGAUAGGGGUAUUGGUAUGACCAAGGAAGAUCUUAUUAAGAACCUUGGGACCAUUGCAAAAUCUGGAACAUCAGCUUUUGUGGAAAAGAUGCAGACCAGCGGUGACCUCAAUCUCAUUGGGCAAUUCGGUGUUGGCUUCUAUUCAGUAUACUUGGUUGCUGACUAUGUUGAAGUGAUCAGCAAGCACAACGAUGACAAACAACACGUGUGGGAGUCCAAAGCUGAUGGAUCAUUCGCUAUCUCUGAGGAUACAUGGAAUGAACCCCUGGGCCGUGGAACUGAGAUAAGAUUGCACCUCAGAGAUGAAGCCAAGGAGUACUUGGAAGAAGACAAGCUAAAGGACUUGGUGAAGAAAUACUCUGAGUUCAUCAAUUUCCCCAUUUACCUGUGGGCAACCAAGGAGAUUGAUGUUGAAGUGCCAGCUGAUGAGGAUGAAUCAAGUGAGUCCAGUGAAGAAGAGGAAUCAUCCCCUGAGUCUACUGAGGAAGAAGAGACAGAAGAGAGUGAAGAGAAGAAGCCCAAGACAAAGACAGUAAAGGAAACCACUACUGAGUGGGAGCUUCUGAAUGAUGUGAAGGCUAUCUGGCUUCGUAGCCCCAAGGAGGUUACUGAAGAAGAAUACUCAAAGUUCUAUCACUCACUUGCUAAGGACUUCGGUGAUGACAAGCCCAUGUCUUGGAGCCACUUCAUUGCUGAGGGGGAUGUUGAAUUCAAAGCUUUGCUCUUUGUUCCUCCCAAGGCUCCACAUGAUCUCUAUGAGAGUUACUACAACUCUAACAAGUCAAACCUUAAGUUGUAUGUUAGAAGGGUCUUCAUCUCUGAUGAAUUUGAUGAGCUUCUUCCAAAGUAUCUUAGCUUUUUGAAGGGCCUUGUUGACUCAGACACACUGCCUCUCAAUGUGUCCCGAGAAAUGCUCCAACAACAUAGCAGUCUGAAGACCAUCAAGAAGAAACUAAUCCGCAAAGCUCUUGACAUGAUUAGAAAACUUGCUGAGGAAGAUCCUGAUGAGUACAGCAACAAAGAUAAGACAGAUGAAGAAAAGAGUGCGAUGGAGGAGAAAAAGGGGCAAUAUGCCAAGUUCUGGAAUGAGUUUGGAAAAUCAAUCAAGCUUGGGAUCAUUGAAGAUGCAACUAACAGGAACCGUCUUGCAAAGCUUCUGAGAUUUGAAACUACCAAGUCGGAGGGAAAACUUGCCUCUCUUGAUGAGUACAUUUCAAGGAUGAAACCAGGGCAGAAGGACAUCUUUUACAUUACAGGAAGCAGCAAGGAACAACUGGAGAAAUCUCCAUUCCUUGAGAGGCUAACCAAAAAGAACUAUGAGGUUAUUUUCUUCACUGACCCUGUUGACGAGUACUUGAUGCAAUACCUCAUGGACUACGAGGACAAGAAGUUCCAGAACGUUUCCAAGGAGGGUCUCAAGCUCGGCAAGGACUCCAAGCUGAAGGACCUCAAGGAAUCUUUCAAGGAGCUAACCGACUGGUGGAAGAAGGCUCUUGACAGUGAGAACGUCGAUUCCGUGAAGAUCAGCAACCGGCUGCACGACACCCCCUGUGUGGUGGUGACAUCCAAGUACGGGUGGAGCGCCAACAUGGAGAAGAUCAUGCAGUCGCAGACCCUCUCGGAUGCCAGCAAGCAGGCAUACAUGCGCGGCAAGAGGGUUCUUGAGAUCAAUCCGAGGCAUCCCAUCAUCAAGGAACUCCGCGACAAGGUCGCCGAGGACAACGAGAGUGAGAGCUUGAAGCAGACGGCGAAGCUCGUCUACCAGACGGCCCUCAUGGAGAGUGGCUUCAACCUUCCUGACCCCAAGGACUUCGCCUCCAGCAUCUACAAGUCGGUGCAGAAGAGCCUGGACCUGAGCCCCGAUGCCACCGUGGAGGAGGAAGAGGAGGUCGAGGAGCCAGAGGUUGAAGAGAAGGAAACCAUCAAAGAGGAGACGGAGCCGUCGUCGCAGUAUGACAAGGACGAGCUGUAGAAGUGAUGAUAUCUCUUAGCUGCCAAACUGUUGUUUUAUCUAGCUCCUCCUGUUUAGGUGUUCAAAAAAUGUGAUGGGUUUUGAGGGACGUCCAUUUUUCCAUGCGAAAAUGCAUACCAUGAUACGAGGAUUUUGUCAUGUACGUAGUUUGAUACUAGUUUAAAUUAAUGGCUGUCUAAUUCCGAUC